AUGCUCGAGAAAGUACAACGCAGUUUCACGAAACUGCCAAGGCAACUUAAAAACAAGCCAUAUGAAGAGAGACUAAAGGAACUAAACCUCACUACUCUAAAGCACCGCAGAGAACGUGGCGACCUAAUAGAGACGUACAAAAUACUAUCUGGGCACUAUGACCUCAAGGAUUUCCAAGAGAUGUUCAAGCGCAACAACAACAACCGUCUGAGAGGUCAUCAUUUAAAGUUGGAAAGGCAUAGGGCUCACAUGUCGAGCACGUGCCGCGUGGUGCACACGGCCGCCAUUACGAGUCAACAACGAGUUUCGGGAUUAAACUAUUUCGAUGUCGUUCAAACUAGAAUCGAGGAGUUAGCAGAUCCGAGUGACCUUCCUAAGCAUUUAGAUUACCGCGAAGAGUUCGAGGGGCAAUAUUAUCAAACAGUGGCCGCAGCGUCCGAAUUAGCUGACGUUGGCAACAGUCUCGCUGUUGCUAACGGCAGCGCCGCUGCCCCUGCCAGCACAGAUUCCGUGGGUUACAAAGUUAAAUUACCUACAAUAUCACUCCCCACCUUCGACGGUUCGUACGAGCAUUGGUUAGGGUUUAGGGACACGUAUACUUCUCUGAUACACGAUUCUAAGGACCUGGGUGCCAUACAAAAGUUCCAUUACCUGCGCGCAGCCUUAACCGGCACCGCUUUGCAAUUUUGGGAGCUCGAGGAGGUUCCUAAGAUGGGAGACGGACUGACUGACGACGAACGCGCCUGUGAACAGCUGUUCGCUUCGACUACGCAACGCGACAAAGAUGGUCGUUUUUUGCUGGCAAAAGAAUGUGCUGACGAAGCGGUCUCUUGCACUAUACUAGAAGACUGCUACGUAGAUGACUUAAUUACAGGAAAUAAUGAUAAACACGCUUUAAUUGAUAUCUGUGAAAAGGUCACCGACGUACUGCAGUCAGGCUGUUUCCCACUCCGAAAAUGGGUGUUUAACUUUGACGUUUCGCAAUUUUCCUCGUCAAAAAUUACGUCACGUGAAUUGUGUUUAGGCGAUAACUGUCAAAGUAAAACACUCGGCUUAGGAUGGACUAACAACACUGACGAAUUUCAUUACACGGCAAAAAUACAACAGGAUAAUAAUAACGAACCUAUAACAAAGCGCAAAAUAUUAUCAGUCAUUUCACAAAUGUAUGACCCUCUCGGGCUACUUUCGCCAGCCAUAAUCAUUGCAAAAAUUUUACUCCAAAAACUAUGGCUUUGCCGCUUAGAUUGGGACUCGGAAGUGCCUGAGGAUGUCGCAUCAGCCUGGCGUACAUACAUACUCACACAUACACAACACAUACAUAGCCUCCGCAUUCCUCGUUAUGUAAUGAAUGCGUAUGCGCACUGCACACAGUUGCACUUUUUUUGUGAUGCUAGUCAAGCGGCCUAUGGGGCCUGUGCAUAUGUGCGUACGCUUUCGGGAGAUAAUAAUGAGGUCAUUACACUGCAUCUGUUGUGUUCUAAGAGUAAAGUCGCGCCCUUGAAAUCCGUCAGUAUCGCGAAACUUGAAUUGCUAGGCGCGCUGUUAGCCGCUAGGUUGUACUCAAAAAUAAUGAAAUCGCUUAAAGUGAAAUUCGAUUCUGUUUAUUUUUGGUGUGAUAGUACAAUCGUUCUUGGGUGGAUCCGAAUGUCACCCCACACGCUUAAAACGUUUGUUCAAAACAGAGUGUCGGAAAUAAACGAGUUAACCGGGAGCGCGCAGUGGUUACAUGUAAGUAGCAAGAAUAACGCAGCUGAUUUAGUUAGCCGCGGCCUUGAACUUGACGCGCUUAUCAACAAUUCGUUCUGGUUCAAUGGACCGCCCUUUUUGCAUGAACCAGAAUCUAACUGGUUACCUAGUACUUUAUCGCGCACUUCCAAAAUAAUACCGGCCGAUUUACCUGAAAUAAAAACAAACACAAUUAGUAUGACAGGCCAAAUUAACACCGAUGUAUUCCAAUUCGACAGGUUUUCGUCAUUUAACCGCUUAAGGCGCGCGGGUGCUUAUGUUUUACGAUUUGUAAACAACACACGCAUUAAAAACAAAAUAAAUCGUAAAACUGGCCCGCUGACUGUUGACGAAUUGAAUGCAUCGAUGCAACAACUGGCGCGUCGUUCGCAAAUGAAAUCUUUUCCUGUUGAGUAUGAUAAGAUGAUAAAUAACUUACCUGUUAAACACACGCGCGGGAUUAAUAAAUUAAAUGUAUUUCUAGACACAGAUAGUCUGAUAAGGGUCGGUGGUCGUAUUAGUAAUGCGACUAGUUUUACAUACGACAAAAAACAUCCGAUUUUGCUUUGUUCGAAACAUCGUUUCACACAGCUUUUGUUUCAGAGUGAACACAUACGAUUACUGCAUGCUCCACCUAGUCUUCUGCUUGCUACUAUCAAAGACUGCUGGUGGCCUCUCGGAGGCACUAAUUUAGCAAAGCGUGUGGUACGCACCUGUGUAACCUGCAUCCGCAUGAAGGCGAAAACGUUUGCACCUAUUAUGGACCCAAACGACCUUUCCGCAUUAACUCCAGCGCAUUUCCUUAUUGGCCGACCGCUGACAGCGCCGCCCUACAAGGACUUGACGACAGAGACGGGUCGGCUCCCACGCUACAAGAUGCUGGAGCAAAUGCGACAACACUUUUGGCAGCGGUGGUCAAAACAAUAUAUUUCUGAGCUGCAAACCAGAACGAAGUGGCAGACUCACGGCCAGGAUAUCAUUCACAACUCCCUAGUUCUGGUCAAGGAAGAUAAUCUACCACCCCUCAAAUGGCGUUUGGGACGGGUGGUAGCUUUGUUCACAGGAAACGACGGAGUUUCUCGCAUCGCUGACGUAAAAACAGCGAGCGGGGUCAUACGCAGGGCUUUCACUAAGCUUUGCCCUCUCUUGAUGCCGCCAGAGAGUGAAGCUACGCCAACCCCAUCCACAUCACCACAACCACAUUGA